AUGGCGAAUGCCUUGCUUCAGCCUGGUACGCCCCAAGGCUCUCCGCUGUCACCCGUCCUCUUCAUCCUGUUUGCAAUUGUGACGUCGUUAUACAGGAGACUGAGCAGCAUCAGCGGCCUAGCCACAAUCGGUUUCGCGGACGACACAAAUCUCCUGGCGUUCGGGAAAGACACUACGACCUGUUGUGGGAUCUUGGAGCACGCCUACAGGGUCUGUGAUGAGUGGGCCAAGGAAAGAGGUAUGAGAUUUGGGCCAGAGAAAAGCGAGCUGAUCCACUUUACCAGGACGCGUCUUCUCCGAACGGAAGGAGUCCGCAUCCUCGAAGAGGGCCGGGCUACCCUGGCCCCUGUUGAGCCAGCUCGAUUUCUCGGAGUUUGGCUCGAUCGGAAGUUCUCUUUCAAAUACCACGUCAAGAGGGUUCGCGUCAAACUGGAGACUCAAUCCCGGGCGCUUACCCGGCUCUCCAGCAAAACCUGGGGGGUUCGUGUCUCUAAGUCGAGGGAUAUCUACACUAAGAGUAUCCGAAGUGUGAUGGAGUACGGUGCCAGCGCGUGGCACUCACUGUUACGGCAUGUGGACCUGACACCACCUGCCUAA